AUGCGAAACGAACCAAUGAACAACGUCACAAUUGGUUACGUCAUCAGUCACACGCAUAGUGAUCUGUGCGCAAACUCCGAAGAUCAAGUAAUGGACGGAAAUUUGCUGAGCACUCAAGUUGCUACUUUAGAAGAAAGAAUUUUGGAAUACAAAUUGUGAUUACCCGUUAGUUUAAAAGCUUUGUGAUUUCUUGAAGAUUUACAGUACACGGAUUUACGUUUGGUAGGUUUUAAGCAAAGUUUUAAGGAAGGAAAUUAAAGCGAUCAAGUAUAUAUUAAACCUGUGUGGGACAUGUUGAUCAACUAUCAACAAAUUUCGCAUUUGUAUACAUCGAUAUAUGACUAAUCAGCUGGUUUAUAUUUCCAGACUACGUUCAUCCUUAUGGCUGUUGGGAAAGGAUUUCUCGAUCAGUAUUCAGUAUUUUGCGUGUUUGGUUCGGUUGUGGGAUGUGUUGUUGUGCCCUUAAUAACACAGGUAUGUCGGUAGCUAUUGUAUUUCUGUCUGAAAUAUACGAUCGAUAUUUGCUUCCUUUGAAUUCCUCUCGCCUUGUAGCCUUAAUAGCCAGCUGUACGUGAAUCACUGUGAUUGUGUUUUUAAACUUAAGUACAUGCAGUACUCAGAAUUACAAUGAGAAGUUUGUCUUGUAUUUUAUGUAGUCAAUCGAAAGUGUUAUUUUCUCUGCGAUCGUGAUCAGCCUCACUGCGACACAUUUGAGCAAACGAGCAGUAAGCACAGACAGUUCAAACAAGGUUUGACUAUUAUAUAGAGGUGUUAUUUUUUCUUAUCCAUUUUUCCGCUUCAUUUAUACACAAACACAAGCGAUAUUAUUGUCUUUUUCUUUCAUGAAUACUGAUUGAAAAUUUUGCUUCCCGAUUAAAUUAGCUUCACAGCCAAGCGUAUAUAAAAGAGGCUUCGUUGCGAAAAACCAAGGAUGGAAAUUCUAGCAAGAAAAAGUCGCCCAAGAAAGCUGUAGCCCAGGUAGGUUAUCAUUGUAAUUUUAAUACAGGUAAUAUAUAGAACCCAUUUAGGGUUUUCGUGAAAUCAGGGGUGAAAUUACGUCUGAUUUGCAUGUGAUUUGUUUAUAAAAAUUAAAUAUAUAGCACGAUUUACUAUGUCUGCUGUUUAGCACGUCCCAACUUCUUGUUCUUUUCACUCGAAUUUACGUUGUAUGAUUCAAUAUACUAACACAAAACGUUCCUUCGAGGCUAACGUAAUGUUUUAUUCCCAGGGUUGAAAUCGAAAGUUAAAGUUAUUAGCUCAGAUGAUCAUUAAUGAAUAACAAAAGCUGUUUAUGCGCCUUUAUGUUUGGUAAAAUCAAAUUCCUAAAAUUAGCCGUAAACUCCUUCGAACUGAUAGAAAUUCCGUGGGAACAUACUGUAUUGUUUAAAUUUUCUGUUCAAACACGACAAAUACUGCUCUUUACUACAAAUAGUCAAGAAAUCUUUAUUCAUAUUUUGAGCAGCUGCAAAGGAUUACCACCAUAUCUUUUUAUAUGUAUUGAUAGAAAUAUUCGUUUCUCUAAUUUGCUACAUUGAUUACAUAUUAGAAUAUUCUUCAGUCAUUUUGCAUCAGGUUUGUGCAUAAAAAAUCACUGUUAUCUUGCCAUCUCUGAUAGCCUGUCAAAAAUACCACUUGUGUCUGUCUAUAAUUUUCUCUCAACAUUCCCUUGUCAAUAUUUCAGCAGUUAUUAUAAAUAUGCACAUAUACAGUAUGGAAGUGCAGAAAUGUAACAUAUCUGAUUUCAUGUUUACAUGGAAAACACAACAUAACUGUAUAUGUUGCUCUGAGGUGUGUUGGAGGUGUGACUAUUCUGCUUCAGAUGUUUAUAUCCACUCAGCUGAAAACAUAUGUUUGUGAUGUUGUCUCCGAGUGUUUCCACACUGGGGCAAGCUGAAAAGUUUGCUUGACUGGUGUGGAUGCACUUAGAGACAACAUCACAGGCAUUGACUUAACCAUUGUGAUUUACAAUUAUUCACCAAAGUACUUGACCAUUAUGAUUUACAAUUAUUCACCAAAGUGGAGGUGAAUAUCUAUGGUGCAACAAAGAUAUUCACAGAAACACAAAGUGUUGAUGUGCAUACCCUUGCACUGUUCACCACACUGAGGUGAAUAAUUGUUUUAGCAUAUACCAUAUCAAAACAAAAAUGACCAAAAAAACAACAAAUAUCUAUAUAUUUCUAUUAAUAAAUAUGAAAUUUGCAUUUCAGCUCCCAUAUUCAGUUGUAAACAAAACAGUAUAUAACUUAGGCCUAAAAAAUACCUGUGGUUCUAGGUCGGAAAUAAAUUUUUUUUAAAAUUUUUUUUUCAUGGUUUUGGCAUUUUGUUUUUUUUUCUGGGUGAUUUGCAGUAGAGUCCCGACAUCAAUAUUAACUAGAGAUAUCCGUAUUUCCUAUGGACGAAUUUAGGCAAUUUGGUUCAAUAAUUAGUGUGACAACAGACGUCAUUUUGGCAUGCUGUAUGAGCGCCCGCAACCACACAGAGAAAAUAGGGUUGCACGGUCAAUUGCGUUUAAAAAAUAAUAGGGUCAGCAGAAAAAAAUAUGGUCUAUUUAAGCCUUAGUUAUAUGCCUGAGUGUGUCCACACCAAGCAAGCUGAAAAGUUUUGCUUGACCACGUACGGUGGGAAUCAAACCUGUGACCUUUGGUUUGCUAGUCCAAAGCUCUGCCAACUGAGCUACGAGUGGGUGAUAUUUCGGAGACAACAUCACAAACAUAUAUCUUCACCUGAGUGCACAUGUAACACCAGAAAAAUUCAAGAUUGUAAAAACACACUAAUAUCAAAGGAGCUAGACUGAGUUCCUAAAUAUUCGCAUAUCACCUACUUGACCUUGUAGCUCAGUUGGUAGAGCAUUGGACUAGCCAACCAAAGGUUGCAGGUUCGAAUCCCACCACGGUCAAGCAAAACUUUUUCGCUUGCCUGGUGUGGACACACUCAGAAACAACAUACAUGCAGGUGUGACUAUUGUCGGCAACACUCACCAAUAAUUUCUGAAAGCAUUGGAAUGAUAGCUGAAUAACUGUGUAACGAAGCUAUAAAAAAUUUCAAUCUUGAAAACAUCGAUAGGCUAAAAAUUAAGCUAUUGCAUGAAUUUUUAGGCCUAACUAAAAACAAUACACUAAAUAUUAAAGUACAACUCUUAAGUAACUCAGUACUAUUAUUAGUACUGCCCCUGUUUAAGACUAAGCUUUUGAUAUAGUAUGACACUAAUAAAACCCACACAGGAUAAUUAGGUGAACUAAAAAAGUUAGUUUUAAUGCCUGAAUGUCAGUUUGUCAUUGCUUUGCAUUUUUUCUUCAAUAAAAUUCACAGUAAAAUUCUUGUGAACCACUUCUAAUUUUGAUGCCCUGCCACAAGGGGAACAAUAACCAAACUUUUAGUUUUGUGGAAUUUUUUUAGCGGGCGGCUUACAGUUUGACGGGAUCAGCCUCAACAAGUUUUCAUCACACAAGCCUUAAAAUAUCUGUGACUGUUGGUUACAGGUUGUCCGACCCAUUCUUGAAAUUGUCUGACACAUUUGUGAAAUUGUCUGAAGUAAGGAGGAAACAACUGGACAUUCUAUCUGGUCUGUCCAACCUGACUGUAUUGGUGUCCAACCGAACUGCAAUGUUGUCUGAUGUAAAUCAAAAUGUACCCUAGUCCAGGACUAGAGGCCGAGGCUUGUAUGUUAAGUUAAAAUGGAGAAUCAGAGUAAUGUAUGAAAAGCCAAAUGACCUGAAGGUCAUUGGACAUCAUCAUACAUAUGUCCGACCCAAACUCAUAGUCAUCGGACAUUUUGUCAGACAGCCCUGUAAAAGAUAUUUUAAGGCCUGUCAUAAAGUUUUACUAUCCUUGGUAUUGUAUGCUGUUGUUUGUUCAUUGUUAGGGAGAAAUUCAGGUGCGAACCUCUGACUAUCGACAACGAAAAGAGGAAAAGAUCAAACGAAUUGAGGAAGCUAGAAAAUUGGAGGAG